AUGGACGACGAGGAACCGCUCCAGCUCUCGGCGCAUGCGCUCGCAGCCCUCCAGCUGUUCAAACAAGAAGAAGAAGCCCGCAAGAAACAGUUUGAGCAGUUGUACCAACAAGUAGCGCAGGAAAGUGAAAACAACAGUGGCAUAAGUGUUGAUGCCGAAAAACUGCCUACUCCUGCAGCGUCCAUCGACGCCUUCCAAGAAGACUGGCAGCUUCUGCAGUUCUGGUACGAUGACGACACCGCGGCUACGUUGGCCAGGGCACUUUUGCAUGGAGCUGACGAAGAGACUGUGGUUUGCAUUGCUCUGGCGCCUUCUGUGUUUGCAGCCAUUGGGAAACUCAAGCCUGAAGAGGUGCCUACGAAACAUAUAUAUUUGUUGGAGUACGAUACCCGGUUUAGCAUUUUGGCGCCAGGGCAUUUCUUUGCGUAUGAUUAUCUGAGACCAGACGAUGUGCCGUUGUUGUUGAGGAACAAGUGCCAUAGGCUUCUUAUUGAUCCACCGUUUUUGGAGGAGCAGUGUCAGAAGAAGCUGGCUCAGGCAGCACGGAACUUGUUGGUGGAGGAUGACGGGUCGGUGACUGCUUCUGGGGAUAAGAGGUUUAAGUUGAUUUCGUCUACGGGAGAGAGAAUGAGGGAGAUUAUUAUGGAGAGUUAUCCAGAAACGAGGGAGACUGACUUUCAUCCGAAACAUAAGAAUGAGUUGGGGAAUGAGUUUAGGUGUUAUGCUAGUUUUGAGUGGGGCGGUUGGAGAUACGUUGAGGCCUAG